AUGUCCACCUCGACCCUGGGCUCGGUGUCCGCGCGCAUUCUUCACCCGACGUCCUUCCACCCGACCCUCUCGCUCUCCCUCACCCCCUCGCUGCCGUCCUCGUUGGAUGCGUCGACCUGCGAAGCGGGCGUGCUGGUUCACCUGCCAAGUGGGAUGUUCUACGACCCGCACUUGGGGAAGAAAGGUGCCGUGCUGACGGGCAAUGGCGAUGGGAGGGUUGAACUGGAGGGUGCGGUAGGCUGGUCCUCCCGCGCAUCACGUUCGACCGAUCGGCAGUGGUGGGAGCGAGACGAGCCUUCCCAAGAACAAGGAGGUGGGGGAAUGGGUGGGUUGGAUAUGACCGACAUUUUGAACGCUGCAUUGCAACGCAAGGUUCAGGAGGUCAAGGCAGCCGAGCCGAUCAAAGUUAGUGUGGAUGGGGAUAAUCGCGCGCGUGUUCGAUCGAGAACGCCACCAAAGGAGAAGAAACAGGAUUUCAGAGGGGAGCGAACGACAGUCGUGCUGCCCUUGGACGUGGACGAGCUGUUGAAGGGUGAUGGGGUCAGGGUGAAUGUGCCGUUGGGGGUGCGAUACCAUCCGCCGUUGGAAGCCAAGGUAGGCGCGGAACUGCCGGCUAUCGGAGGCCCAGCAAGCGCCUUGUUGGAAGACAUCACCCCGCACUUUGCCAGAACCCUCUACGCGCAAGCCAGGUCAACGGUAGGCAAGAUCCUCGGUAGCAACUCCACCACCACUUCUGCGGGCAAGAAGAACGAUCACCUUAUUAUCACCCUUCCCCCACCAGUCAUCUUCCUCUCCUGCCCUGGAACUCCGGCAAGGGUGCAAUUCCCACCAUCGCACACCCACCUUCAAGAGCAGUUCACGGGCAACGUCGUGGCACAGUCAAAGGCAACGGGCCAUCUCAAGGUCAAAGUUCCCGUGCCGAGAGCGGUGUUGUUGGCACCGGUGCAGGUGGGAACGUUGGCGUUUGUCGUGGCAAGUGCGAUGUUGAUCGUUGUGCAUUUGCUCGGGAACGUGAUCCCAGCGCUGGAGAGUGUCGAGCGACUGAUGUAA